CGGAGGAGGCGGAGCAGGCGCUGUCCCGGCUCUUGAGCGGGCUAGCUGCUGAGGAGGUGGUGCGGCGGGCCCGGGAGGCCGAGGUUCGGGCGGGGCGGCGGGAGAGGCUGGCAGGCGGCUCCGGCAGCGUGGGGAGAGCGGCGCCGCGGGCUGGGCGCUCCCGGCGAGAGGAGUCCGCUCCAUGCGUGCGGGCCGAGGCCGGCCCCUGCGAGCCGCAGACAUGAAGAAAGACGUGCGGAUCCUUCUGGUGGGAGAACUGCCUCGUCUCCUCCAAGCCGUUUCCUUUCCUGUCUCUGAGGCCUGCCCUGUUGGAAUGGACAUGGUGACAGCUAGAGUUGGGAAGACAUCACUGAUUAUGUCUCUGGUCAGUGAAGAAUUCCCAGAAGAGGUUCCUCCCCGGGCAGAAGAAAUCACCAUUCCAGCUGAUGUCACCCCCGAGAGAGUUCCAACGCACAUUGUAGAUUACUCAGAAGCAGAACAGAGUGAUGAACAACUUCAUCAAGAAAUAUCACAGGCUAAUGUUAUCUGCAUAGUUUAUGCUGUUAACAACAAGCAUUCUAUUGAUAAGGUAACAAGUCGAUGGAUUCCUCUCAUAAAUGAAAGAACAGACAAAGACAGCAGGCUGCCUUUGAUAUUGGUUGGGAACAAAUCUGAUCUGGUGGAAUACAGUAGUAUGGAGACCAUCCUUCCUAUUAUGAACCAGUACACAGAAAUAGAAACCUGUGUGGAGUGUUCAGCAAAAAAUCUGAAGAACAUAUCGGAGCUCUUCUAUUAUGCACAGAAAGCUGUUCUUCAUCCUACAGGGCCCCUGUACUGCCCAGAGGAGAAAGAGAUGAAACCGGCCUGUAUAAAAGCCCUUACUCGUAUAUUUAAAAUAUCUGAUCAAGAUAAUGAUGGUACUCUCAAUGAUGCUGAACUCAACUUCUUUCAGAGAAUUUGUUUCAACACUCCGUUAGCUCCUCAAGCUCUGGAAGAUGUCAAAAAUGUAGUCAGGAAACAUAUAAGUGAUGGUGUGGCUGAUAGUGGAUUGACACUGAAAGGUUUUCUUUUUUUACACACACUUUUUAUUCAGAGGGGGAGACAUGAAACUACUUGGACUGUGCUUCGACGAUUUGGUUAUGAUGACGAUCUGGAUUUGACACCUGAAUAUUUAUUUCCCUUGCUAAAAAUACCUCCUGAUUGCACUACUGAAUUAAAUCAUCACGCAUAUUUGUUUCUCCAAAGUACUUUUGACAAGCAUGAUUUGGAUAGAGACUGUGCUUUGUCACCUGAUGAGCUUAAAGACUUGUUUAAAGUUUUCCCUUACAUACCUUGGGGGCCAGAUGUGAAUAACACAGUUUGUACGAAUGAAAAAGGCUGGAUAACCUACCAGGGAUUCCUUUCCCAGUGGACGCUCACGACCUAUUUAGAUGUGCAGCGGUGCCUGGAGUAUUUGGGUUAUCUAGGCUAUUCAAUAUUGACUGAGCAAGAGUCUCAAGCUUCAGCUGUCACAGUAACAAGAGAUAAAAAGAUAGACCUUCAGAAAAAACAGACUCAAAGAAAUGUGUUCAGAUGUAAUGUAAUUGGGAUGAAAAACUGUGGGAAAAGUGGAAUUCUUCAGGCUCUUCUUGGAAGAAACUUAAUGAGGCAGAAGAAAAUUCGUGAUGACCAUAAAUCAUACUAUGCGAUUAACACCGUUUAUGUAUAUGGACAAGAGAAAUACUUGUUGUUGCAUGAUAUCUCAGAAUCGGAAUUUCUGACUGAAGCUGAGAUCCUUUGUGAUGUUGUGUGCCUGGUAUAUGAUGUCAGUAACCCUAAAUCCUUUGAAUACUGUGCCAGGAUUUUUAAGCAACACUUUAUGGACAGCAGAAUACCUUGCUUAAUCGUAGCUGCAAAGUCAGACCUGCAUGAAGUCAAACAAGAAUAUAGCAUUUCACCUACUGAUUUCUGCAGGAAACACAAAAUGCCUCCACCACAAGCCUUCACUUGCAAUACUGCUGAUGCACCCAGUAAAGAUAUCUUUGUUAAAUUGACAACAAUGGCCAUGUACCCAGAGGAUCAUUACAGAGACAGACUCUCCCGAGACAUGGGCAACACUGAUAGAAUAGAGAAUUUGAGAAAAAUCUGGGUCUUUCUAAAAACUGCUUUCCAUGCCCGGUUACGCUGUAUGUGCACCUGCAACAGGUGUACAUUUUGCAUCUGUCAGAACUUCCUCAACUCAGACUUGCUGCAAUCUGUAAAGAACAAAAUCUUCACUGCAGUUCUUAACAGGCACGUGACACAAGCUGACCUCAAGAGCUCCACGUUUUGGCUUCGAGCAAGUUUUGGUGCUACUGUUUUUGCAGUUUUGGGCUUUGCUAUGUACAAAGCAUUAUUGAAACAGCGAUGAUUAAAAAAAAAAAAAUACUGGCCCUACCAAAAACAAAUACUUUUAUGUACAUUCUGAAUGCUUUAAAUUCCGCUAGAAAUAUUGAGAUAUUUAUACAUGCAGAGUUACUUUGUUAAUAUUUGUAAUUCAUGCAUAAGAGUAUUUUAAUGAUAGUUAUAACUGCAGUAUUGGCUAGCAUAUGGAAGGAAACAGCUUAACAGCCAAACUAAAAUGGCUAACUUUCAGAGGCCAAAAGGGAAUAUUUUGUAAAUAAUGUACAUAUUCAGGCAAGAUAUGGUCUCCCAGACUGAGUUCAAGAAAUGAUGUUUCUAGACGUUUCUACAUGGUAUUAUUAGUGCUCAGUUGGCUCACUCUCCUAGGUUUAAGUCAGCUCAGAGACUUUAUUUACUCAUUGAUCACUUAUUUAUUUCACAUUUACUCAGAAUGAUCUUUGGGUACUUUAAGUACACGAGGCACAAUUUGCCUUUUUCUCUCCGUUUUUAAAAACGUGACUUUCUUUCAGUCCCAUCCUUCAUGGUAGGCCAGCCUUGAAGCCAUCGUGCAGUCUAGAAAAUUGUAUAGCUGAGUGUGAUGCUCUCCUUUAAGGAAGGAGUAAGCUCAAGGCGAUUAGCAAAGGCGUCACCUGUGUGAUUAGUUUCCUUUGUCAGUAUGUUGAAUUUUAUAGCCCUUUCAAUCAAAUGAGAAAAAAGAUUUGUAUAUUAUUAAUGUUUUUAGUUUAAAUAAACAGUCACCAUUACUACUAUUGAGUUUCCUCCCAAAGUGUAAAUCAUUCUAUAAUGGCUGUGUCUAUUAUAGUAUAUUACAGUAGCUGCAUGUGUCAUGAAGUGUUCUAUAUCUGGCUAGGAUAACCUAGAAGCAGCACUUUUUUAAAUGGUAAAAUAAAUCUAAUUAAUAAAACUCUCAUUAUGAACCUAUUUUUUCCAUCAUUGACCUUUUCAAGUAUUUAAAUAAAUAAGCACUGUGUACUGUGA